UUUCGAAGCGUAUCGAGUGCCAAUAUGCGAUGUUGCGCGCGCGCUUUAUAGAUGCGUUGUCGACGGUUGAUGAUUUUUUAUCUUUUGUUGGGGAAUGGACGUUUAUAAUAAACAAUUCGGCAUCUGAAUUUUCUCUAAAAUCCGUCAGGAUUUGCCUGUUUUAUUAUUAGUUUGUGGGGUUCGUAGAUUCUUGAGUUGUGUGUUGGGUAGGCGCGCAAGUUUGAAUUUUUUUAUGUGGGACUGUUGCGUAUUUAUGUGAUUUAUAAGGUUCAUUGGUGGCAUAUGUAUUUGGCCUUUCGUUAUCGGGUGCUUUGUUUUUCUGUUGAUAAAGUUGCUGCACUUGGAAUUUCCCCCCCGGGGUCAACUUCAUAGUUCUGUGUCAUAUGGUUGAUGGGUUUUGUUUAAGGAGAAGGAAAAUGGUUUGUGCCUUGGGUAAAAUCUGGGUUCUUCCUGCGGCUGAGGCUUGAUUUGCUAUAGGUCCUGAAGAUAAUGUGGCUGAGUACUAUCAACAGCAGGUAGAAAUGCUUGAGGGAUUUAAUGAAAUGGAUACACUAGCGGAGCGGGGUUUCGUUCCUGGAAUGUCAAAGGAAGAGCGUGAGAAGUUGGCUAACAGCGAAACAUUUGCCAUUAGAAUAUCAAAUGUCGCAAACAUGUUUCUCUUUGCUGCUAAAGUUUAUGCAUCUAUUCAAAGUGGCUCAUUAGCCAUAAUUGCAUCCACACUGGAUUCUCUUCUCGAUCUUUUGUCUGGAUUUAUCUUGUGGUUCACUGCAUUCUCCAUGCAAACGCCUAACCCAUAUCAUUAUCCUAUAGGAAAGAGACGUAUGCAACCAUUGGGUAUUCUUGUUUUUGCAUCUGUUAUGGCAACAUUGGGUUUGCAGAUUAUUCUGGAGUCAGUGCGCCAGCUUCUGUCUGAUGAAGCUGAAUUCCAUUUAACAAAAGAGCAAGAGAAAUGGGUUGUGGGCAUUAUGCUGUCAGUGACCCUGGUUAAACUGUUACUGGUUGUCUAUUGCCGAUCUUUCACUAAUGAGAUUGUCAAAGCUUAUGCCCAGGAUCACUUUUUCGAUGUCAUCACUAAUAUCAUUGGCUUGAUUGCUGCACUGCUUGCUAAUUAUUUUGAUGACUGGAUGGACCCUGUUGGGGCUAUUAUUCUGGCCUUGUAUACCAUCCGGACGUGGUCCAUGACGGUGCUGGAAAAUGUGAACUCUCUCGUGGGGAGAGCUGCUGCCCCAGAGUUUCUGCAGAAGCUCACUUAUCUCUGUUGGAACCAUCACAAGGCGAUAAAAAAAAUCGACACCGUCCGGGCUUACACUUUUGGGUCGCACUACUUUGUUGAGGUCGACAUCGUUCUGCCCUCCAACAUGCCCUUGCAAGAGGCUCACGACAUCGGGGAAUCCUUGCAGGAAAAGCUGGAGCUCCUUUCCGAGAUCGAGCGUGCAUUUGUCCAUCUCGACUACGAGUACUCCCACAAGCCAGAGCAUGCGCAAGCUCACUCGUAGCAGCAUCCGCCAUGUCCGUGUAUUAACUUUUUACUUUUGGCCCUGAAUAACUGCCUCCUCUCCUGAAACGCGAUUUUUGCUGUCGGGAGAAAAACAAUGAGGACUAAUGUCAUAGGAUGAUGUAUUACUGAUAUGAUGCUGGGGCGUACCUCUACAUUCGAGCCGUGAUGGUGACAAAUUAGGUCUAAUUCUGCACUCGAA